AACCUACUGUACAGUCAGGGCAGGGAUGCAGAAAGGCAGAAAGAAGAAAAUUCAGGAGGACUCUCCUGAGGGGCUGAGCCCAGCUCUGCACUGUAGUAAAUGCAGGACACCAACAAACACAGAUAACAGGAAAUGAUCCAUUCCCUGUGGCCACUGAUUCUAAAGGCCCCAACCUUCAAAGCUCAAGGAGUGAAGUGGGUGAUUCCAUGGAGAGGGAGCAGUCACGCCUUUCUUCUAGCCUCCAAAAAAGAGAAGAAAUGAAACCGAAGGAGUGUGUUGCCAUCCUCCCGCAGAAGGAAAGCCCCUCUGUGCGAGUCUCCAGAGAUGGACAGCUGCUGGCUGCAACCUUGCUGCUGGCACUGCUGUCCGGCUGCCUGGCGGUGGUGUCUUUCUACCAGGUGGCCACCCUGCAAGCGGACCUGGUGAGCCUCCGGGCGGAACUGCGGGGCCACCAAGCUGAGCGGCUGCCCGCCCCUCCUGAGGAAGCUGCAGGAGUCCCCACGGCUGCCCUGGGGGAAGCUCCAGCUGUCACCCCAGUACUGAAAGAGAUCUUUGUACCACCAGCUCCAGGCGACAGCAACGCCAGCCGGAGCCGCAGGAGUAAGCGUGCCCUUCAGGGGCCGGAAGAAACAGUCACUCAAGACUGCUUGCAGCUGAUUGCAGAUGGUGACACACCCACUAUACGGAAAGGAUCUUACACAUUUGUUCCAUGGCUUCUCAGCUUUAAAAGAGGAAGAGCUCUAGAAGAAAAAGAGAAUAAAAUAUUGGUCAAAGAAACUGGUUACUUUUUCAUAUAUGGUCAGGUUUUAUACACCGAUAGCACCUUUGCCAUGGGACACCUAAUACAGAGGAAAAAAGUUCAUGUCUUUGGGGAUGAAUUGAGUCUGGUGACUUUAUUCCGAUGUAUUCAAAACAUGCCUGAAACACUACCCAAUAAUUCCUGUUAUUCAGCUGGCAUUGCAAAGCUGGAAGAAGGAGAUGAACUUCAACUUGCAAUACCACGGGAAAAUGCACAAAUAUCUCGGGAUGGAGAUGGCACAUUUUUUGGUGCAUUGAAACUGCUGUGACCUACUUAACACCAUGUUUUUAGCUAUUUUCCUCCCUUUCUCUGUACCUCUAAGCAGAAAGCACUUAACUGGAAAUACCAAAAAGAAGAAAAAAAAAAAGUAGUUAACCAUAGCCUUUUCUAUGAGCUAUUUGUUUUGGUUUGCUGAAACUAGUCCAAAACAGGAAAUUUAACAGACAACCACCACAGCCAAAGAGUGUCACGUGAAUUACAAGAAAUAGAGCCCAUUUAAGGAAAGAUAGAAUUAGGAAGACUUUUCACUAUAAUUCCAUUUGAACUAUUUCCUGACAGCUUCUUGUCUUGGAGGAAGCAAUAUGGAUUUCUUCAAAAAUAGUAUUCUGUCAUUUACUGUGAAACCAGUGCCCACAUCUGUAGGACGUUGAGACAUUUAUUGGAAAUCUCCGGAUCCAUCUUCUAUUUUUACGUUAAAUAUACCCUUCUCCUUUUCAGUUAACAUUACUGAAAGUAAAAAAUAAAAUAUCUAGAAAUCUUGCAUUAGGUACAUAAAAAAUCAAAUAUUAAACAAUUAGACUGAAAAUAGGAUACAUGUAACUACUUAAGUCUUUUUGGUUAUUUCAAAUUUGCAAUUUUUAUUUCUAAUAUUAUAUAUUACCCAGAUAUUUUUCACAGGAAGGAAAUUAUUGCCUCAUUUGCCUAUGCUUACAUGUAUUUUUUAGCAUCAAUUUCAAUUCAGAAACAUUAUUUAAUGUAGGGUAAUUCCAACUUAUGCAUUUAAAGCAUUAAUUGAAAAAAUAACUGUAAUUGUUCUUAUGUAAAAACAAAAUCUCUGAAACAAGUUAAUGAAUACAUUUGUGAUAAUGUAAUAUAAUUACCCUUUAUUUCCUGUUCUUCUGUUUCAAACUGCUGCUAUCAUAGUUCACAUAUCUGGGCCUUUAAAAAUAUUCCUGUUAUUAGCUUUAUAGAAGUUGAGGUUUAAUUAAAAUUCUUGGCAUCUUGAAGUAUGUCAUAUGUCACAUGCUCCUUAUGAAGAUUAUCAUAUUCCAGAAGACAUCAUCCUCGUUUUCACUUUAUAAUGAAUCAUACUUGAGAAUGCCAUAAUACUUAUCUUUUGUAACAUCAGUUUCCUUUGUUUUGCUUGUCUUCUUAUGUCAUUAGUUUAAACAUUAAGGAGUUUACAUCAUUCAACAGUUUACUUCCUUAAACAGCAGAUGGAAGUAUAGACUGCAGUCGACAUUCAUUUUCCCAUCUACAUUAAAAUAUUUUUAAGAUACACUUUUCAAAACAAAAAUGAUUUAAAAUUUAUGUCUAAAACAAAACUGUUUAAAUAUACCUGGUUUCUAUAAUUUUUACUAAUUGGUUCAAAAUAAAAUAUGUUUUGCAAUUUAUUUUGGUUUACAUUAUAAUUUAAAAAGAAGAUGUGGUAGGCGGAGUCGGAGUUUCGAUACUAGGAUAGGUGGUUAGUAAUUUUUCUAUUGUUGCUGCUAACUUGGAUUGCCAAAUAAAAGGAUUCAGAGCCUUU